CGGGCACCUGACUUUCGCCGCCCCUCCAGUCGCUUAAAACGUCACGAGACGCAGGGUGAUGACGUACGUAACCCCGACCUUCCACAUCCAAGAUGGCUGCUGUCAGGAAGGAGAGACGUCGCUAAGGGGUUUGCCUGAGGCGAAGGGUUGAUGUUAUCCUGAAGAAAGAUCUUCAGAGGAUUGCAACAUUCCAGAGGCCCUUUUGGGAAAAACAAGGCUACUUCAAUAAAUGAAGGAGAACAAAGAAAAUUCAAGCCCUUCAAUCACGUCAGCAAACCUGGACCACACAAAACCAUGUUGGUACUGGGAUAAGAAGGACUUGGCGCAUACACCCUCACAACUUGAAGGACUUGAUCCAGCCACUGAGGCCCGGUACCGCCGAGAGGGUGCUCGCUUCAUCUUUGAUGUGGGCACACGUUUAGGGUUACAUUAUGACACCCUGGCAACUGGAAUCAUUUAUUUUCAUCGAUUCUAUAUGUUUCAUUCCUUCAAGCAGUUCCCAAGAUACGUGACAGGAGCUUGUUGUCUCUUUCUGGCUGGGAAAGUAGAAGAAACGCCAAAAAAAUGUAAAGAUAUCAUCAAAACAGCUCGUAGUUUGUUAAAUGAUGUCCAAUUCGGACAGUUUGGAGAUGACCCAAAGGAAGAAGUCAUGGUGCUGGAGAGGAUCUUACUGCAGACCAUAAAGUUUGAUUUACAAGUGGAGCAUCCAUACCAGUUCCUGCUCAAAUACGCAAAGCAGCUCAAAGGUGAUAAAAACAAAAUUCAGAAGUUGGUUCAAAUGGCGUGGACAUUUGUAAAUGACAGUCUCUGCACCACCCUGUCACUGCAGUGGGAACCAGAGAUCAUAGCUGUCGCAGUAAUGUAUCUCGCGGGACGUUUAUGCAAAUUUGAAAUACAGGAGUGGACCUCCAAGCCCAUGUACAGGAGAUGGUGGGAACAGUUUGUUCAAGAUGUCCCUGUUGACGUUCUGGAAGACAUCUGCCACCAAAUCCUGGAUCUUUACUCACAAGGGAAACAACAGAUGCCUCAUCACACUCCUCAUCAGCUGCAGCAGCCCCCAUCUCUUCAGCCUACACCACCACAAGUGCCACAGGUGCCACAGUCACAACCAUCUCAAGGCUCAGAAGCGGCCCAGCCUCAGCAGAAAGACUCACAGCAGUCAGCGCAGCAGCAGCAGCAGCAGCAGCAGCAGCAACAACAACAACAGGCACAGCAACCCAAGAAACCAUCCCCUCAGCCCAGCCCUCCCCGACAGGCCAAGCGUGCUGUGGUAGUUUCUCCCAAGGAAGAGAACAAAGCCUCAGAACCACCACCACCACCUAAAAUUCCCAAACUUGAGGCUACUCACCCACCAUUGCCUCCAGCGCACCCGCCUCCAGACCGGAAGCCUCCCCUCGCUCCUGCCUUAAGUGAGGCUGAAGCAACUGGUCCUGUGGAAGCAAGUGACCUCCCCAAAGUCCAGAUUCCUCCUCCAGCACACCCAGCCCCUGUGCACCAGCCCCCACCAUUGCCACAUCGGCCUCCACCCCCGCCACCCUCCAGCUACAUAACUGGGAUGUCUACCACCAGCUCCUACAUGUCAGGAGAGGGCUACCAGAGCCUUCAGUCCAUGAUGAAGACAGAAGGUCCCUCCUAUGGUGCCCUGCCUCCAGCCUAUGGCCCACCUGCUCACCUUCCCUACCACCCCCAUGUUUACCCCCCCAACCCACCUCCACCUCCUGUUCCUCCACCCCCAGCUUCCUUUCCCCCACCCACCAUUCCCCCCCCUACCCCAGGAUACCCUCCACCACCUCCUACCUACAACCCCAAUUUCCCACCCCCACCCCCACGCCUGCCCCCAACUCAUGCAGUCCCUCCUCACCCUCCUCCAGGCUUGGGUUUGCCACCAGCCAGCUACCCACCUCCAGCUGUUCCCCCUGGAGGGCAGCCCCCUGUCCCCCCACCUAUCCCCCCACCUGGAAUGCCGCCUGUGGGGGGCCUAGGGCGGGCAGCCUGGAUGAGAUAACGUGACGCCUUUUCUCUCUCUCUCUCUUUUUU